AUGCAUUUGCUCGUGCCGCUUUUCGCCCCAUCCCACCCAUCAUGUGGGCGCCCACCGUCCAUCUGGGAGGUACUGUCAUCUGUGGAAACGGCCACGGUGCCCAAGGACAAAUGUACCUCUUCACCCGUCUCUGCUGACAAUGAACAUCCCUAUCCGAUUCCUGGUUUCACGAUCUGGACCUUAGGCAAAGCUUGGCUCAAGGGACAAUGGUCUGGUGUUUGGUACGAAGCUUGUGUGCUACGGUCGAUGGCUAGUACCCGUUGUGAGAAUCCCACACAUAUCUCGUCUCUUGUUCGUUCUAUCCACCUGGUCCAGCCCUCGCGGCCCAUUCACUUUCUGAACAAGGGCUGGAAAUCCGCCGUGGCAAGCGUGGCUUGGAGUGAGCGGAUACCCUCGCGCUGA